AUGGGGGAUAAACAUAAACCAUGGCCAAUUGGUCCGGUUACGAUCUCACCUCUCUUCGAUUUUCUCUUCAUUAGCCUCGGCCUCUCGCUGCUCUUCGAUCUUCUCCUCGUCGAUCCCUGUGACUCUAUCUGUAUCGGCCUCUUGCUAUUGUCCUCUUCGAUCAUUCUGCACUCAUUGGCUCACGCUCGCCUCUUAAGUAGGUUUAUGAAUCAUCCAAUCGUUCAAGUAGGAUCACUGAAUCAUCAGAUUGCUGCUGAAUUCCUUUACUAA